UUGUCCGGCGUGUGUCCUACCCUGAGCGCCUCAGCGCACGGACUGGUUUCCUGUGCGGACCAGUGUCUGCAUGUGUGUCCGAGUUGUGUUGAUAAAAGUGUAGAUUUGUCACAGACACACACCGCUCGUGUUUCUCUCUGGAAUCGAACCCACGGAGGUCCAGUCAUGAACCACGUCUUUGGGAAGCUGCAGGCGUCUCUCACCCGUCAGGUGAUCCUGAUGAAUCAAACUCUUCCUCUGAGUCGGAACAUGCCGAGCAUCCAGCAUCCUGUCUGGAGCUCAGCGAGCGAGGGUCGAUACCACAGCAUGCCCACGCACGGGAUCGGCAGCUGGAAGUAUCUCCUGAACAAAAAGAGAACGAAGAAGAAGAAGGACCGGCACCAGAUGAGGCAGAUCGUGGCGGCGACGGACUCAACGUACGGGACGCUGAACGUGAAGGUGUCGGGCUACGACAUGACGCUGGUGGAGCGCUACACGCAGUACGUCCACCACCUCUGCAACCGGCUGCGCAUCAACGUGUCUCUGUGCUACGCGUUGCCGACCAGGACCACAGAGGUGAUGCUAAUGCAGGAGCACGGCACCAAGAUGUUCGUGGACGCCGUGCUGAAGACGCACGAGCGAGUCGUCCAGUUGAACAGCCUGAACACGACCGUCUGUCCCGUCUUCAUGGACGUCCUCUUGAAACAUCAACCGGAGGGAGUCCAGCUGUCUGUGAGCGAGCACACAGAGGCCGACUUCAAAGCUCGUUUCAAAGCUCGUCCAGAGCUGCAGGAGCUCAUGACCAACAUGAACCAAUGAGAGCUGUGAGAUCUGCUCAUGUGACCUGUCUCACGCUCUGUGAUGAUCCCCUGGUGUCCUCAGCUGAAUGUUGUCCAAGGAGAACCUUCGCUCUGAGAUAGCUGCUCUGUAAAUUAAAGUGUAUAUGAACUUGUUCUAAUAAAUUAAAAUGUAUUUGAAAAGCA